AUGCUUUCUGAUAGGUCUCGAAGAGUAAUCAACUGCAUAAAAAUCUGCGCGGAGCUCCGAACAUUUAUGUUCAUGCAGUGCUUCUUCCUCGAAGGUCCUGAGGUUUUGAUCCCGCUGUCGCCGCCGUGGCUUUCCGAGAUAUACACCUUCACCGAGCACACCUUCAACACACUGUGCGCACAGGACGGAGAUCCUGCCCUGCGGUCCGUGAUCCGCCUCUUCAGCGCGGAGCCGCGGUCCGCUCAGUUCGCGCUGGCAGCGGUGGCGGCGGAGGGAUCCUCUCGAGGCACCGCGAAGCCGGCCUGCUGGGCCUGCAGCCGGCCAGAGAUGAGAGACGACGCCCUCCGAAGGAGGAGCAUCGAGACUGAGAUGCUGAUGAAGCGCUUGCUCCGCCACGUCGUGGCGCGAAGGGGCCGCGCUUGGCACAUUCCGCCGGUCUUCUUCCAGCUGGGCCGCUUGAUGCAGGGCUCCGGCGACCUUCACGGGGCAGAGAGUGCCUACAACGCCAUCGUGACCGAGGGGUUGCCGGCCUCCCUGGAAAUCAGUCGUGAGCAGUAUCGGCUCGAACAGAACCAGACCCUCACGCUUCUGCACCUUGCCACCAGAGGUGGAGCAGCAGCGGCAGAUCCCGCGCUUCAGUUGGGAUGGUUGCACGUGCGCCCAGGCAGUGGGGCGUUGUUCGGAGCAUCGCACGCGUGCGUCGCAGAGGAGUGGUUUCGCAGGGCGGCGCUUCACGGCCAUCCGGGCGGAGCGCUCUACCUCGGGCUGUCACUGCACUUCGGCCGCUGCGCCGGGAGGAUGACUGGUGCAGGCCUGCGCGCAGGGGCCCGCUGGUACCGCAAGGCCGUGCGGUCAGCCGCCGAGGGUCCCGGCGGCGUCGAGGCUCGGCUGGCGGCGAGGGCGCUAGCUGUCACGCCGUGGUGA